AUGAAUACAGAAAUGCUUAUUGAACUAGUUCGUGAACGAUCAUCACUAUACGAUAUGAGUGAUAAAAAAUAUAGUGACCAUCCUUAUAAAGAAUCGCUGUGGAGAGAAAUUGCCAGUGAAAUCAAUCAACCAGUUCAAAAUUGCAAAAAAAUGUGGACUAGUCUGAGAGAUGGUACAGAAGAGCUGCUAAAAAAUCUAUUACAGUGUCAGGACAAAAAACAAAAUUUGUAA